AUGGAGCAUCAUGGAUUUCGUAAGCUUUUAGCAAGUCUUCAACCUUUGUUCAAGGUUCCAUGUCGCAAUACCAUUAAGAGUGAUACAUUGAAUAUGUAUGAUUACGAAAAGACAAAAGUAUUGAGCUUGUUGGAAUGUAAUAAAGGUAGGAUUGCUUUAACCACCGACAUGUGGAUUGAAUCUAAUAAGAGGGAGGGAUUUUUGGCUUUGACAGCUCAUUUCAUAGAUGAUAAUUGGACUUUGCAAAGUCACAUUUUGAGGUUUGUUUAUGUUCGCUCUCCACAUACUUCAGAAGUCCUUGCUAAUGUGAUAGUUAAAUCUAUGAUGGAUUGA